CGUUAAUAGCAAAGAAAGUUAGUCUUGUAUAGUGUAGUUGGUAUUCAGUUAUCUAUCCUUUUAGUUUAAGAUUGUCUUCUUUCCUUAUUCCUCUUCCCUCUCUCUCUUCUCAUGUUUACAUUUUACUAUCAAUCAAUCGGCAAAAUGUUUUCGUUCGUGUAAAAAAAAUUCAACUGUUUCUGAAUCUCUUUUUGCCAUUUAGAUCGCCAUAUCGUUCUUUAAUUUUAAUCUUGUUUCAAUUGCAAUCGUGAUCUCGAUUUUGAACAUCUUGACAGUCAAAAAAUAACAAACAAGAGACAACCUUGGUGGUCCAAACCGGAGUUUAUUCCAAGUGUUAUCAGUGAUAUUUUACUUCUCUUAGCUGUGUGUGGUAAAAGUAGUAUCUUAUUAGGAAAUAAACCUGAAAAAAAGUGACCUUAAGAAAAGAAAGGCAAAGGCUAAGGUCGUCCAUAAAGGUGAUCUUUUUCUUUCUUGUUAUUUGUUUUCCCUCCAAUGACAUCCAAUUCACCAGCUUAUUCAACUUUAUCAUGGGAUACCACUUCCAAUCAUCGUUCAUCUCACCAACAUGAUUCUGAUUCAUGGAAAACGUUUACAACUUUCCAAAAUAAUAAUCACAACUUUAAUAAUAGAAAUAAUCUUUACAAUAGUGACAAUCAAUCAAAUUUAACAGCAAAAACAUCAUCUAACGGGAACGAUUCUUUCUCUACUGUUUACACUUACGGACCCAUUGAUGGUAACCUCUAUGCAACAGUUUCAAAGCCUAAUAAAUCAAGUGUUUCUCCUAAUAAACCUACACAAACCCACCAAUAUCAUCUAAAUUCAUCUAAUGAACAAUUACCACCGUCAAGUAGUCAACAAACUGGUGAUAUGAGUUACAACGAAUCUCAUAUUAGAUCCAGCAUUGAUUCUGGAAUUUCAUCGGUCAAUUCAAUCGGCAACUCUCGACCAAUGACAUCUGUUAGUACAUUUUUAUCACCAUCAACAAACAUGAACGGCAAAACAAGUAUUUUACGACAAUCAAGUGAAACAAAUAACAACACAGUUAUGCCAAACGGAUACAAAUCAGAUUCCGUUGUUAAUGUUGAAGCUAUCAUUCACCAUAAGCCAGAAUCGAUAGUCGAAAAGCAUCGUCCAGCCAAUCCGUCCGAAAAUUAUUGUAAUGGGAAAUCAUCUAAUGGUAAUUUUUCAUCUUUUACCAGUAACACUAUUUCCGGUAUAAGUGAAGCAGAACAAGCAGCCUUAGAUGAAUUAUUAUCUGGUAUGUUGAAGGAAGUUGAAAAUUUCCCAGAUUAUCCUAUGCAUUCACCAAGCUUAAAACGAUCAACAGAUAAUCAACCAAUCCAUGAUUACAAUAAUAAAGUCAACUCUUCAAUCGCUAAUAAUUACAAUAAAAACAUUAGUUUGGAAAAUAAUGAAUACGUUAAAAGUACGGGAAAACCAGAAUCACCUUCCAUUGAUGCUGUCGACUCAUUUACUAAUUCAGAUGAAACUGGAACCGAUGAGCCGGUUCGUGUUGCUUCACCCCAAUUACCACCGUUGACCGAUCAUUUUGGUAAAAUUGAACCUUUACCAGCUCGGUUUUUAACCAAAGCUCCACCAACCAGUGGUGAAGAUGAGAGAGGUCGACCCUACCAUGCCAGACCCGGAAGUCAGCCAUUCUCCUAUGGUGUAACAGCAACUUCACCAGCCCUACAGAGGCGAAGAGUAGUUUCCGAAACAACUGCCUACAUAUGUGAAAGUCGUCCCAAGCCAGAUACAAUUGUAUCCACCUCUGUCCCUGCAUCUAACGAUACCACACAGCCAGUCUCUCCUUUGCCAGAAACAACUCCAGAUUCAACUAUAAAUAGUCUGGAUGAAAGUUCUGUGUCAAUUGAGGAACAAGUUAUCUCUAAUGGACACCAUAAAUACCACUUGAUUGACGAUGAAGAUACUUCGGGUCUUACUUGGCUUCAGAAACAACAAUUGAAGUUGAAGAAUAAACAUGAAAGUAAAGAUUUAAGGGGUAAAGAUUUAGUUUUAGCUGAACUCAAAGGGACCAUUGCUCGACAUGAAAAUGUCUCUUCCAUGGUAGAUCGCACACCCGACUCUAGAUCAUCAUCACCUCAACAUCGAUUCAACACAGUUACUUCAUCCUCACCAAUAUCACGAUCACCUUUGGUGUUACCCAAUCUAACUGCAUCUCCAAUUCCCAGAUCACCACAGCCCGUACAAUCAUCUACUAAUUAUCAUUCUUCCCCACCAACUCCAUCAACCCCACCAACACCGGCCCCAUCAGAGCCACCCUUAACCCAGUCAAUAGUAUCCAAUCAAGCGACAACGAUGAUGUCCAGUCUCAAUUUAAAUGAUAAAUCACGCCAAUCUCCAUCCCUAGCUUCAAGUCCAACAUCUGUGACUUAUUCACGACCUUUACACGUCAGUACUUUUGAACCACGCACAUCAAUCGGGUCUAAUAUUGGGACGCCAAGCAACAUCGAUUCACCUUCUACACCCAAUUUGAGUGCCGGUGGUAAACCACCUUUAAAUGCUAUGACUCGUCAAAACAGCAUUCCUUCCACUCCACCUCAUCGUUAUGUUAGUGCCAGUGGAUCAGUUUCACCUUUAACCUAUUCACAGAUCAGAGACAGUUAUGGACGAACACCUAGCUCACCAGAACCAGGCCGUGAUUCGCCUUCUGUUUAUUUCGGCCAAUCUCAAAGAUCUAGCAUGCUAUCAUUAAAUGAAUCGGAUAUCAUCUCACAACAUCCAACAUUUAUUAAAGAUACCUCUAGAUUUUGGUACAAACCAAAGAUACCCAGGGAAGACGCAAUCAAAAUCUUAUUGGAUAAGCCUCCAGGUACUUUCAUCAUUCGAGACAGUAAUUCGUUCCCUGGCGCAUUUGGUCUUGCCCUUAAAGUCGCUCAACCACCUCCUGAUGUUCAAACUAAAUCAGGUGAUACAUCACAUGAGCUUGUCCGACAUUUCCUCAUUGAACCAACAUCUAAAGGAGUUCGAAUCAAGGGUUGCCCAAAUGAACCCGUUUUUGCCAGUCUCUCUGCUCUCGUCUAUCAACAUUCAAUCACUCCUUUGGCCCUUUCCUGCAAACUAAUUAUCCCAGACUCUGAUCUUACCCUGUCCAGAGGACCUUCUGAAUCCCUGUUAACCUCUGGUGGCAUGAUUGGGACACUUUCCCGUAUCUCUGGAGUCACUGAAGCUGCUGAUAUACUUGCCCAAGGAGCGGCUUGUAAUGUUUUAUAUUUAUUGACCGUUGAAACUGAAUCAUUAACUGGACCCUUGGCAGUUCGUAAUGCAGUUACCGAAUUGAUAUCUCGCACAAAUCUCAAUGAAAUUAUUGUUAAUUUCAAGGUUUCCAAUUCUGGCAUUACAUUGACUGACAAUAGCCACAGAAACUUUUUCCGCCGACAUUAUCCAUUAUCAACUGUAAGCCACUUUGGCUUAGACCCUGAAGGACGCUGUUAUAAACCCAAAACACCCAACACUCGAACCAGUCAAUUGUUUGGUUUUGUGGCUCGAGCUAGAGGCAUCAACAAACCCAGUAACAACGAGUGCCAUUUAUUUGUCGAGUUUGAUGAAGACCAGGCAGCCUCGGCGAUAGUCAACUUUGCUAAUAAAGUUAUCCUGUCUGUCAACCGUGAUGAUCGGCACAAGUAAACCCACAAGAGGAGGCACAAGAUGAACACCAAUGUGUACUGGCCGCAUAUGCAAUCAAUAUGUAGACAUUGAAAAGUAGAUCAACUUGACUCAAAUUACUUUUCAUCUUUUGGAAAAGGUCAUCAUCUUAUUGGCAAAUCAUGUUGUCAUUGGUUUUCAAUUUGAAAUGUAAUGCAAUCGAAACCAUUUCGCCUGGUAUCACAUUUAUUCUGACUUCUCAAUUUCACCUAGUUCAACAGACGAUAAUCAUCGACAUCAUCAACAUCAUCCUGAUAUCAUCAAAUUUACAAGAUAUUAUUAUUUAUUUAUUGCGACUCAACAAUAUCUUUACUGAUGAAUAAUAUACACUUUUAAUGUUCAGAUUAUACAAUAUUAUUAUAUGCGCAUGUUACCCUUGUUGAUUGGUUUUUGUGGUUUUCAACAAAACCAAUUGUCCAAAAUUGUUGAAUUUAUCUUCCUUUCACUCUCUCCUUUUACUGCUUCAUCAUCUCACUCUUGGCCUAUUUAUUUCAAUUUACAAUUCAAGUUGUGAAAAAAAACAAUCAUUGAAACCAAUUAACAGCUUUGUUGUUGAUUUUGGUGUGUGUUGGUUUAUGCUGUUAUGAUGAUUGGUGAGCAAAGUGCAGACAUUACAAACGCAGAUCAAUUGAACAUGUUGAGCAAGAUUCACAAUGAACCAAACAGUUAACCUUGGAAUUGAUGGACACAAAGCAAGAAGCAAAAAUAGUUCAACCAUCAUGUAAAAUGAAUCUGAUUCCAUGCAAUGAAAAAAGAGUGCAUUUCUUUUUUAGAUUAUGAAAAGCAAAAAUUGAAAAGCUCUUUGAGAAACGUAACCAGCAAGCAUUUCAUUAGCAUAAAUCAUCUUCAAUCCAAAAUCAAAUUAUCAUUGAGAUUUAACAGUCUGUUUCUAAUAACUCAUCCUUGUCAUCAUCAUCAUCAUCUGUUGAUCUCUUCUUUCACUCUUUAUCUUUCUCUCUCUCAUUAAUUGCCUCAAAUUAACGCUACAAUCUAAAACAAUCAAUAAGCAAAUUGUAAACCAGCAAAAACCAGAAAAUGUGACAAUGUUUCUCUUUUUUCUGGUUUGUCAUUGUAACAUUGCUGUAAACUGUUUGAACAAUCAGGUUAUUGUUAACUUGUUAAUUUCAUUUUACAGUUAAUCAUCUAACAGAAACUAAACAUUUAUCAAACUCUAGCAUUUCUCAUGAUGGACGAGGAGAAACAAUCAAAACUCUAUUGGAAUAUUUAAAGUCAAAUGGCAUUAAUUUACAAUAAGAGCAACUCUAAUUUUCAAACCGUAAAUUGAAGUAAAAAUUAAUUGUAAUUUAAGCAAAAAGAAGACAAAAAAAUCUGUAAAAUAACACAAUUAUAAGCAAUAUAUUUUAACCUCUCUUUACCCAUUUCCUUGUUGUUCAUUUGUUGUUAACCCUGCAAACAAAAUAAACUGUUAUUACAAAUGAUUAA